CCGCAAGCUGGUCACUCUUCAAAACCUGUCAAAAUAUUUUUUUUGUCAGGAUUAAGUUUAUUGUUAUUUAUUAAAUAAAAAAACAUGUGUGACGGCGAUGUGACAAUUACGGAGCUGGAAUCCCGUCUGGAGGAUGUCAGUCUGGAGGACAUAGGUGCCAGACAUCGUCGCGAGCGCAAGGAUUUGCAGGCCAAGCUGCAGGCCAUGAAGAAGAAUGCGCCGAAAAAUAAUAAAAACAAGCGGAAGGAGUUCCUGGAGGAGAUGGCUCGCCUGGAGGGAGAGCUGGAGCAGCGCCACAAGGCGGAACUGAAGGCAGCUGAAGCCAUAGAAGCACCGUUGGUUGUGGAAGCAGUCGCCAAAGAGCCAGCGGAAAAGCCGGAAACCGAAGUGCCAGACGACGAUGAAAUCGAGGAUAAGGAGGAACAGCUGGCGCCCAAUCAGCGUGUUUCCAAGGCACAGAAACGCCGGGACAAGAAGGCCAAGGAGGCACGUGCACGAGAGGCGGAGAUCAAGACGGAGCUGCAAAAUGCUGCCAAUCAGCCAACACCCAAGUUAAUCGAACUGCAACAGAUCACAGCAAAGCUAUCCCAACGCCAAUUAUCCCUUCACAAUAUACCCUCCGAUGGCGACUGCUUGUAUCAGUCCAUCAGACACCAACUUAUCGUAAAUGCUCUUCCAGGUCACAGUGUUCAGGAGUUGCGAGAGGAAACUGCCAAUUAUGUGCGUGCCCACAAGGACUCGCUUAUCUCCUACAUGGUCCACCCGGAAACAGGAGAACUUCUGAACGACCAGCAAUUCGAACAGUACUGCCACGACAUAGCAAAAACUCACGCUUGGGGUGGCCACAUAGAACUAAAGGCCAUCUCAUCGUUACUCCGGGUGCCCAUUGAAGUUAUCCAAGCGGAAGGAGCACCGACGAUCCUCGGGCAAGAGGAAUUCGGUGGAUCGCCGCUGAUCAUCUGCUACCACCGCCACAUAUACCAAUUGGGCGCCCACUACAACUCCACGGUGCCAGCAGCCUAAAAGGCCCAAUGACAUCCACCCUCAACUCACUGAUUUUGUAACAGAUUGUUUUAUUACAUAUUAUGUUGACUUUAUAAAUACGUAUGCAUUUGGAAGAUUUGAAUUAUUGUCAAAAAUUUCAAGUAUGUAGUAGUUAUAUACAAUAAUAGUCAAUAUAAUAACAAUUCUAGGUUAGCUAGCAACAUAGUUAGCUGGACUUGUUCUAAGAAAAUA